UUCAGUGGCGCCCACAAGGCGCUCUUCAAGCAGGCAAUGCGCCACUGGGAGAACUUCACGUGCAUCAAGUUUGUGGAGCGUGAUCCCAAGCUGCACUCCAACUACAUUUACUUUACGAUAAAGAGCUGCGGAUGCUGCUCGUUUCUGGGCAAGAAUGGCAGUGGAAGACAACCCAUCUCCAUUGGGCGCAACUGUGAAAAGUUUGGCAUCAUCAUCCAUGAGCUGGGCCACACGAUCGGGUUUCAUCAUGAGCACGCUCGCGUAGAUCGGGACAAGCACAUCAUUAUCGACAAGGCGAACAUAAUGCGUGGUCAGGCAUAUAACUUUGAUGUACUCUCGCCGGAGGAGUUCGAUGAGCCGCUGCUGCCCUACGACUACAACUCCAUAAUGCACUAUGCUAAGAACUCCUUCUCGAAGAGCCCGUAUCUGGACACAAUCACGCCCAUCGGCAUACCGGCCGGCAUGCACAUCGAGUUGGGACAGCGACGUCGUCUCAGCCGCGGCGACAUCCUACAGGCGAAUCUGCUCUACAAGUGUGCGGCCUGUGGACGCACUUAUCAGCAGAACUCCGGCCAGAUUGUUGCUCCCCAUUAUGCCUAUGCGGGCAAUGGAUUGCUCACCGAGUUCGAAGGCAGUGGAGAUGCCGAAGAGGAGGCGCUCAGUGGCGGAGCAGCUGCUUCGCUCACCGUCUGCGAGUGGCGCAUAACGGCCACAAAUGGCGAACGGAUCAUUCUGCAUCUGCAGGAGCUGCAACUGCUACACACACAGAAUUGCAGCCAAGACUAUCUGGAGAUUCGCGAUGGCUACUGGCACCGAUCGCCGCUAGUGCGUCGCCUUUGCGGCAGCAUAAGCGGGGAGGUGAUCACCACCGAAACGAGUCGCAUGCUCAUCAGCUAUGUCAAUCGCAAUGCUGCACUCGGCUACAGAGGAUUCAAGUCACGUUUCGAGGUGGUCUGCGGUGGAGAUGUAUUCUUGAGCAAGGCUAGGUCAAUUGAUUCACCCAAUUAUCCGCUUGAAUAUACGGCCAACAAGGAGUGCAUUUGGCGCAUUACCGCACCCACUCACCACCAAGUGGCGCUUAAGUUUCAGUCCUUUGAGCUGGAAAAGCACGAUGGCUGCAUCUAUGAUUAUAUUGAAAUUCGCGAUGGCAGUCGCAGUGACUCCAAGCUAAUUGGACGCUUCUGUGGCGACAAAUUGCCACCAAACAUCAAGACACAUAGCAAUCAGAUGUACAUCAAGUUCGUGUCGGAUGGCUCCGUGCAGAAACUGGGCUUCUCCGCCGCCCUCAUGCUGGACGUGGACGAGUGCAAGUUUAUGCAGCACGGCUGCCAGCACAUCUGCAUCAAUACCUUGGGCAGCUAUCAGUGUGGCUGUCACGCCGGCUACGAACUCCAGGCCAAUGGCAAAACCUGCGAAGACGCGUGUGGUGGCAUUGUAGAUGCUACAAAAUCAAAUGGCACUCUCUACUCGCCCUCGUAUCCCGAUCUAUAUCCAAAUGCCAAAGAAUGUGUAUGGGAGGUUGUGGCUGCAGCACAUCAUGCCGUCUUCCUCAACUUUUCACACUUUGAUCUGGAGGGCACCAAACUGCAGUACACCAAAUGCAGCUAUGAUUAUCUGGUCAUCUACUCAAAGAUGCACGAUAAUCGCCUCAAAAAGAUUGGCAUUUUCUGUGGCAAUGAGCUGCCCCCCAUUGUCAACUCGGAGCAGAACAUCCUCCGCCUCGAAUUCCACUCGGAUCGAACAGUGCAACGCACCGGCUUUGUUGCCCAGUUUACCAUAGAUGAGGACGAGUGUGCGGUGAAUAAUGGAGGAUGUCAGCACAAAUGCAGGAACACGUACGGCGCUUAUUUGUGCAGCUGCCGGAAUGGUUAUACACUGGAUAAGAACGGGCUCAACUGCACGGAGACCAAGUGCAAAUUCGAAAUAACCUCUUCGUAUGGGGUGCUCCAGAGUCCCAACUAUCCCAACGAUUAUGCGCGCAACAUUUAUUGCUACUGGCACUUUCACACUGUGCUGGGACAUCGCAUCCAGUUGACCUUCCAUGACUUUGACGUGGAGAGCCAUCAGGAGUGUAUCUAUGAUUAUGUGGCCAUUUACGACGGUCGUUCUGAGAAUAGCUCUACGCUGGGCAUCUAUUGUGGCGGCCGGGAACCCUAUGCGGUGAUUGCCUCCACCAACGAGAUGUUCAUGGUGCUCAAAACGGAUGCAGGCCUGCAGCGCAAGGGUUUUAAGGCGAGAUUCGUGUCCGAGUGCGGUGGCUAUCUGCGUGCCACGAAUCACUCUCAGAUCUUCUACUCACAUCCGCGUUAUGGCAGUAUCAACUACAAUCACAACAUGUACUGCGAUUGGCGCAUCGAGGCAGAUCCGGAUAGCAGUGUGAAGAUCAAGUUUUUGCGCUUCGAAGUUGAGUACUCAGAACGAUGUGAUUAUGAUUUUCUUGAAGUCACCGAGGAGGGCAACGCCAUGAAUACAAUUCACGGCCGAUUUUGUGGCAAACGGAAAUCGUUGAUUAUUGUUUCCAACUCGGACUCGCUGCUCUUAAAGUUCCAAACGGACGAGAGCAACUCGUUGCGCGGAUUCGCCAUCUCUUUCAUGGCCGUCGACCCGCCAGAUGAUGAUGCUGGCGAAGAUUUCGAUGCAGUAACUCCUUUUCCUGGUUAUCUUAAGAAUAUGUAUGCAGAGACGGCGGCGGCCGGUGAUGACCAGCAAAUGCAGCUUUCACGUAUUUUGCCACCCAGCAAUCUAAUGUAACGUGUAAUUAUGCUUUAUAGUUUUUUAUUGUUGGCAUUGUAAAUAAAU